CUCAAAGGAAAUGGUUUUAAAGCUUUGACCACAUGACAUACGAGCAACAACUGCUGCAGGGAUGAACCGCUGGAGCAGGGGAAGUGGGCCGCGCAGAGGGAGGCUGAUGAUGCUGCUGUGGAUUAUCCUCUCCAGCUCGCUGUGCCGCAUGGUCGACGGACAGAUGAAGAUCUCACCGGAAACGGUGCAAAAGUGGGCUGUGUCCUUCAGCAAAGAGAUAGCUGCUCUGUCCGCCAGAUACUCUGGAGCUAAACUGCUGCAGAAGAAAUACAAGGAUGUGGAGGCAGUGGUGAAGAUAGAGGAGGUGGACGGAGAGGAGCUGGUGAAGAAGUUUGCUGAGGAGAUGGAGGAGAUGCUUGGGAGGAAGAUGAAAUCUGUGAAGAGGUUAGCAGAAGCAGCGGAGGAUGCUGACCUUUACCACGAGUACAACGAAACUCUAGAGUUUGAAUACUUUAACUCCAUGCUGAUCAACAAGGUGGAUGAGGAUGGGAAUUCACUGUCGCUGGGAGGAGAGUUCACUCUGGAGAAAAACGAACACUUCAAUAAGCUGCCAGUCAACACGCAACUGAGUAACAUUCAAGUCCCUACAAAUGUUUACAACAGAGAUACAGAUAUUGUGAACGGAGCCUACAUGUCUGAGGCUCUGAAUGACGUAUUCAUUGAUAACUUCAAGAAAGAUCCAACUCUCACCUGGCAGUACUUUGGCAGCGCUACAGGCUUCUUCAGGCUCUACCCAGGGAUCCAGUGGAUUCCAGAUGAAAAUGGUGUUGUCACCUUUGAUUGCAGGAACAGAAACUGGUAUAUCCAGGCAGCCACAUCACCUAAAGAUGUAGUAAUCGUGGUGGAUGUGAGUGGCAGUAUGAAGGGACUACGACUGACCAUAGCCAAACACACCAUCAAUACUAUACUGGACACACUGGGAGAAAACGACUUUGUUAACAUCAUUGCAUACAGUGACUAUGUUCGCUACGUGGAGCCCUGCUUCAAGGGCACGCUGGUACAAGCUGAUCUGGAUAACAGAGAGCAUUUCAAGCUUUUGGUUGAUGAACUUCAUGUCAAAGGCGAGGGCAAAGUGAAAAUUGCGAUGAAGGAGUCUUUUAAGAUCCUCAACGAGGUUGCAGCACUGGGCCAGGGCAGCCUGUGUAACCAGGCCAUCAUGCUGAUAACAGACGGAGCCAUGGAGGACUUCCAGGAUGUUUUUGAAGAGUUCAACUGGCCAGAACGACGGGUUCGAGUGUUCACCUAUCUUAUUGGCCGAGAGAUGACAUUUGCUGACAAUGUUAAAUGGAUUGCCUGCAACAACAAGGGUUACUACACACACGUCUCCACGCUGGCUGAUGUCCAGGAAAACGUUAUGGAGUAUCUCCAUGUUCUGAGCCGGCCAAUGGUCAUCAACCACGAUCACGACAUCAUCUGGACUGAGGCCUAUAUGGACAGUGUGCUGUUCAACACUCAGGCCCAAAGCCUCCUGCUGAUGACCUCAGUAGCCAUGCCUGUGUUCAGCAAAAAGGAAGAGACUUUGUCUCAUGGGAUUCUGCUGGGAGUGGUAGGGACAGACGUGGCCUUGAGAGAACUGAUGAGAUUAGCUCCUAGAUACAAGCUGGGUGUACAUGGUUACGGCUACCUUAUCACCAACAACGGCUACAUCCUGUCUCAUCCUGACCUACGACCUCUGUAUAAAGAGGGGAAGACGCUGAAGCCAAAACCCAAUUAUAACAGUGUUGAUCUGGCAGAGGUGGAAUGGGAAGACACAGAGGAGAAACUGAGGACAGCCAUGGUUAAAGGAGAAACUGGAACGUUGUCUUUAGACGUGAGAACUUCAGUGGAUAAAGGAACGAGGGUGAUGUUCCUGAAGAAUGAUUACUUCUACACCGUCAUCAAUGAGACACCGUUCAGUCUGGGUAUCGUGCUGACCAGAGGAUAUGGAGAGUAUAUCUUCAUCGGAAACGUCUCUGUUGAGGAGGGUCUUCAUGACUUACUGGCUCCAGACCUGACCAUAGCCAGUGAAUGGACCUACUGUGAGACAGACAUUGACCCGGCCCACCGUAAGCUGACCCAGCUGCAGGCUGUGGUGCGAUACCUCACUGGCAAAGAACCUGAUCUGGAUUGUGAUGUACAGUUGUUGCAGCAAACUCUUUUUGAUGCUGUGGUCACGGCUCCUAUGGAAGCCUACUGGACCGCUCUAAUGCUGAACGCAUCUGGUAUGGAGGAGGGUGUAGAAACAGCAUUCAUGGGGACCCGAUCAGGCCUGAUGAGAUUCCAGAGAUACGCUGGUGUUGAGAAAAGAGUUGGGAAGUCUUUCCUGACCUCCACAGACAAGGAGAAUAUGUUCACGUUGGACCAUUUCCCAGUGUGGUACCGCAGAGCAUCCGAGAACCCAGCUGGACAGUUUCUGUACUACAUGCCCAGGCAGGAGACAAGAGCAGGGAGGAUAGUGAUCGCCACCACUUCUGUCACUGUGACGGUGGGCAAGAAAACUGCCAUCGCUGGAGCCAUCGGUAUCCAGAUGACUCUGGAUGUGUUGGAGUCUAAAUUCUGGGCCAUUGCAGCACAGCCAAAUGACACAGAUUGCUCUGACGUAGAUGGGAUUUGUCCUCUUCGGUGUGACAGCGUUGAUAUUGCAUGCUACAUGAUUGACAAUAAUGGCUUUGUCCUAAUUUCUAAACAGCGCAAUGAUGCGGGUAGAUUUUUUGGCGAGAUUGACGGAUCAGUAAUGACAACACUAAUCAGAAUGGGCAUGUUCAAAAGGGUGUCCUUGUUCGACUACCAGGCCAUGUGUAAGAUGAACUCGCACUCUGUCAGCAGCGCCCGUCCACUUCUCAGUCCGUUUUAUGGUUUGGCUUCAGCCCUCAAGUGGUUCCUCUCCAACUUCCUACUGUUUCUCCUGGAGUUUAAUUUCUGUGGCUUUUGGCACACGGAGCAUUUUGCUGACGCCAAGGCAUCUUUCAGCGUGUCCUCGGCUCAUAAGAAAAGAGGGGACAUUCUUCAGCCGUGUGACACCGAGUACCCCAGCUUUGUCUACGAGCCGUCAGUCAAAGAGACCAACAGCAUCAUUAAGUGUGGACGCUGCCAGAAGAUGUUUGUGGUGCAACAGAUACCAGACAGCAACCUGUUGAUGCUGGUGGUGCAGGCGGACUGUGACUGCUCCAAACAGUACCCACCCAUCACCAUGGAGCCCAAGGAAGUCAAAUAUAAUGCCUCAGUGAAGUGUGACAGGAUGAGGUCCCAGAAGAUCCGCCGCCGCCCCGAGUCCUGCCACGCCUACCACCCCCAGGAGAACGCCAAUGACUGUGGAGGAGCUUCUGUUAUAUCUCUCUCUGCAUCUCUCUUCCUCGCCUGCCUCUCCUUCUCCACACGUGUCUCCUGAUGAUGGACAACUUUGCUGUUUCAACUCAAUUUCUCAUAUAAACGAGGAGAUUGGAAUGAAUCAGGAUCAGUGUUUGGACACUGGACACAUCAAGUGGGUUAAAAAAAAAAAAACGUUCUACCCAUGACGACCACAAUAGUCUCUACUGACGGACCUUUGAUGUGUUUUUUUAAGCAUUUAUUGGUUAACUCAUGGAAAGUAUACAUCUGAACUGAAAACUGCAACAAAAAAAAGCAAGUUAUAGGCCGUUGUUGCCGUGGAUACUUUUCCAUUAGUUGCUUUCUCAUACACCAUGUUGCAUCUCAAAAUGAAAGAGGGACUAAAGAGAUGCAGGUGGCAGCUAUGACCUGAAUUGAUAAAAGAGGAUUACGAGUCACAUGAUGCAACAGAAGAAAGUCCAGGGGGGAAUAUAUUAAUCAUUUUUCAUAUUCCACUGAACUGAAUAUUGCAGUACAUGCAUAUUAUAUAUGCAGCUGCAAGCAUGUGCAACUGGAGAACUUUAUCCCCUGAAAGCUUCAUAUUCUGACUAUGUUUUAAACAUUGAAUGAGAGACAGGAGAGAAGGGCUACAGCCAUAUGUGGAAAACAUUGUUGUUUAACAUCAGUGUUGCUGCUGAAAGUCAGAUUAGAGGAGGGUGUUUACAGUAUAGGUUUCUCUAAAUCUAAUCUCAAAGGGCGAUGGUUCAGUGCCAAGAAAGUACCUGCAGUGGAGUUGAUAAAAAUUAUCAAAAAGUAUGGGACGUCACUUCACUAUCUUGUUUGUUUUUUUAAACUUGGAUUACAUCCAAAAAAAUGUUUCUGUGACAUAUCUUUGGAAAAAAAUGUCCUUGCCUUUAUGUUUUUAUCAGCUGUGUCUUUCUGUUUGUUUGUAAUUAUGUUUGGCUGGAGACCACUGUGGAACUCACAGGAUGUAGAUCUACAAUCAAAAAGGAUAACAAAAAGAUGGAUUGUUUUUUAGAUAAAUACAUGCAAUGAAAUGGAUUCAAGGCAAAACUGGAAGGAAGAUGCAGUUGUACCAGAGCAUCAGUGUUUCCUUUUUUUAUGCUGUUGACUAUGCAUUUACUGGACUGGGUUUUUUCAGAUGCUUUACCUGUGUCCCAAGGUCAUGCAUUUGCUUCUAAGCCCUUGGACUAUACAACAAUAUAAUUGUAUAACUUCAUGAUUAAAUAAAAAAUGCUCUCAGUUUGGGAAACAAGUUUAUAUUAUGAACAAAUUAAAAUGUGAAAUGUUCAUAUGAGUAAUCGCAAUGUACAUUAACAGGGUGCAUUUCUUUGCAUUGGGUAUUUUUGUAUUUGCUUGUGUUUCAUAUUCUGAACUUCAGCAUUUCAUUGUGUUUUGGGCUGUGAGUGUCCCUGUAGCAUUUUCUAUGGUAUUUCUGAAUCAUCUUACGAAGCAUGUCUUUAAGUUGAGCUUACUCUGAUGACAAAAUUGCCUGAGAAUUUGCCUGUUUGUGAAAAGGCUCUGAUACAUAUUGUGUGUGAAUGUGCAGCAUUGCAAUGUUGCGUCUCGCUGAGAUUUUAUGAGUAUUUUUUUCAUGUGUCUCAUUUUUGUUUGGAAUUUUACUAUACCGUAUUCUAUAUUGUAUGGUUGACAUGUGUACAAGUUGUGUGUUGACUGAAGUCAUGAUUUGAACCAAGUAAAAUAAAUUA